AUGUGCCCGCUUGCCGAGACUGUCUUCCCCGGUGAGGAGGUGCGAGGCCCUUGCGCCUUCUUGCCGAGGGCCUCCCUCGCCCGGCGUGCCCCAUGGGAGGCAGCCAGGACUCUGGCCAUGCUGGCCGAGGACGGCGGCUCCACGCCGAGUGUGUCCGCCUCAAGAGGCACCUGCUUUCCGUGGAGAAUCCCCCCUUGA